UUAGAUGAUAAAAUGGCAUCUAAGUUUUUGUCCACUGAUCAACUAAACUUUACUCGGCUAGGAAUUGGGUGUGUGGACAUAAUAAAACUAGCUUUAAGGGAUAUUUUGAAAAUUCAUAUUCAACCUAAAGAUUUAUACAUCGCCAUCAAUUCCUGUUCACAAUUGAAAACUGGAAGAUACAAACUCCGUCCGGAGCAGGAGAGGUUUUGCUUCUUUCCUUUGCCUCUUGUUCCUGACUAUGAUAAUUUUGACGUGUCCUUAUUGUACACACUGAUACGGUAUCUUUGCCCGCACCUUUACCCUGCUCAGGGAUGGGGGAAUAUACCAACUGCUGCAGACAUGCAAAUCGGUGAUGAUAUUGAGCGUGUAAGGAUCUUCAGAAACAAAAUGCAUGCACAUUUGAAGUCCUCAUCCGUUACUGACAUAGAAUUUACGUCAAAAUGGAAAACGCUGAAAAUUAUUCUUGUGAGAAUACAGAGGUUUGUGAUAUCAAAGGGCUAUAAUGCUAACUAUGAAAAAGAAAUAGAAUCCAUUGAGAAAACUGAUUUUGGAAUCAGAGAUUUAGAAAGAUGUUUAUAUUACUUGGAAGCUAUGAUGCAGCUUUUAAAAUAUGAAGAAAUUCCAAGAAUCUCGAUAAACGGUAGAGAUAAGGUACUAUGCGGGGAAACAACUUUUUUGGAGGCUACAGUGGAACAUCCAUUUAAGGCUGACACCUUUAUUAUUAUAUGGCAGAGAGUGAGCAGGAAUGGUCCAUACUGGAUAAAUACAAGAUUAGAGAGAUACGAAGGCAGCACCAAUAGACGACUGGUGAUAAAGAAAGUAUCAAAGGAAGACGAGGGUGAAUACCAAGCUCUCAUUUCUUGGGAAAAAGACGGACAAAAUCAUGAUUCCAAGAGUAAUUGCAUCCUUUUGAAUGUUCUAGGAG